AUGGUCUUUGCACACGAUCUCGGGAGUGGAUCUGUCUCCACUCUCGCUAACCGAAGGAGGCUAGUGUAUUGGAACCUGACCAACCAUCAUCCGGCGCGCGGCGAGCUCAGCGAGGCUUACGAGAUGGGGCUCUGGAAUAGGCUUGAAAAUUACCCCGCUACGAGCUUACCAACAGCUUCAGCAUUCAACAACCUCUUUUUCGAAAGAUCUACCAAACAACUAGCAUCCGAUAAAGUGUCUCCCAGAAUCUUCAUCACCGGUGCCACUGGAUAUGUCGGUGGCCAAACCGCAGCGACCUUGAUCGCCAAGCAUCCCGAAUACAAUGUUGUUGCAUUGGUCCGCGACGAGCAACAAGCCGCUCAGCUCAAGAGCCUCUGGUCUGCCAUCAACACUGUCAUCAUUGGGACCCUCGAUGACGACAAGGUGCUCAAGGACGAGGCAGCUAAGGCAGAUGUUGUGCUACAAAUCGCUAGCUCGGAUCACAUCCCUGUUGUGAAGUCCCUGCUUUCUGGUCUCGGAGCUGGUAGAGGUCGCUUCAUUCACAUUUCUGGCACUGGUGUCCUCAACGACAUGUCUACUAGACCAGGAAACACCACAGAGAAAGUUUAUGAUGAUGUGAAGGAUAUCAAGGAGAUUAUCACGUUGCCUGCUGAGGCUCUCCACCGCGAUGCCGAUGAUGCCGUUAUCAGUGGUGGUGUUCAAGGGGGUGUUUCCACAGCCAUUGUGUGCCCUCCCACUAUCUUCGGCGUCGGCGAAGGACCCGUUAAGAAGAGAAGCAUGCAGAUCCCCUUUCUUACUGAGGCUAUUCUCAAUCGCGGAAAGGGCUUCACCGUUGGAAACGGUAACAACAUAUGGGAUUAUGCCCAUGUCAGCGACAUUGCGAGAGCUUUCGUACUUCUCAUUGAAGAAGCACUGAAGCCCAAUAAAGGAGCCGCUACUUGGGGCCAAGAGGGCUACUACUUCGUUGAAUCAGGCGAGUUCACCUGGAAGAGCACCAGCGAAAAGGUUACAGAGAUUGCCCACCAGCAGGGUAAGCUUGCCACUGCAGAGGUGGAGGAGCUUUCAGUUGAAGAUGCGGUGAAAUUCCACCACUGGGCUCCUGUUUUGUGGGGAGGAAACUGCUGCAGUCGGGCCAGUCGCUUGCGACCUUUGGGCUGGAAGCCUGAAGGUCCCACUAUCUGGGAGACUCUUCCCAGCAUCGUUGACUUUGAGAUUCGCAAGUGA